GGAUUACAUCGAUAUCAGUGUCUUUCUGAAAGGCCUCAUGAAACAAUUCAGAGAUACUCUGGAAGUUGGACUUCAGCUGCAGAAAGCAAAUGUAGUUCUGGAUCCAGACACAGCCCAUCCCGAGCUCUACGUCUCCAAGGAUCGUAGAAGCAUCAGAGAGGGUUUUGAAGAUAAACGCCGUCGCAAAAACCCCAAGAGAUUUGAAGAGUGCGAAUAUGUCCUUGGCUGUCAGGGGUUCUCAACAGGGAGACAUUUCUGGGAAGUCACUAUAGAAACGGAGGGGCAAUGGGCUGUCGGGAUUGCCAAACAGUCAGUGAACAGGAAGGGUAGCAGCGAUCUUUGUCCUGAGGAAGGGAUUUGGGAGAUUGGGAACUGGGCAGGGAAAUACGACACCAACUUUCCCCCAAAAUGCCCUGAAGUUCCCCUCACUAAGAAUCCAAAGAAGAUCCGAGUCUCUCUCAACUGUGAAGGGGGACAGGUGACCUUUUUUGAUGCCCAGACCGCAGCCCUGCUCUACAGGUUCUCAGAAGCUCCUUUUGCUGGAGAGACCCUUCUGCCCUCCUUCUACCUUUGUGAGAAUAUCUGCCUGACAUUCCAUCCUAAAAGUGGCUACAGACGUGGAGAAAACUUUGGAAAAAUCUCUAUUUGCCCAGCAGGGAUCUCUGAAAGCCUCUAGACCAAAUUUGUACAGAAGUAAAUACUAUCCCUUGGAAAAUUGGCUGGGACAGAGGCAGGAAAUAUCCUCCUACACAGAGGAACCUGUGUUAAUACUCUGCCUCAUGAGGACCAGAUAGAUUAACUGUAUCAUCUUAUAAAUGUUUUGAAGAUGCACUGAAAGAAUUUUUGCAAAAAAUGAUGAUUUCUAUUUUGGAAAAGGAAUGGAAUUCAGAAAAUUGGAAAAGAGCAGAUAUUGCUUUAAUUAUUAAAGGAUGAAAGGAUCCUAUUUUCCCAAAUAAAUGAUCAGCCAAUUUCAUUACUGAACAAUGACUAUAAAAUAUUUUCUAUAGUUUUAGGUGAAAGAAUGAAAGGUGUUUUGCAGGACUUUAUGCAUGAAGAUCAUUGAGGAUUCCCACCUGAAAGAGAAUUGUGGGACAAGAUAAGAAAUAUUUUUAAUAUACUGGAAUAUUUGAAUGAGCAUAAUGAAAAAGUAGCCAUGUUGAUAUUUCUUGAUAUGAAAAAAGCAUUUGACAAUUUGAGCUGGAUUUUUUUGUUUAAAAUUUUGGAAUUUUGUUUAAAAUUUUGUUGAAUACAUUUAGGUAAAUGUAUUAAAUGGGUAAAAGUGGUAUAUAUGCCUCAAACAGCACAAAUUCUAGUCAACCAAGAGUCAGAGGACUAAGCAAAGCUGAGGUGUUGCUGAAAAAGUGGUGAGUGUUCCAGUCCUGGAGGGGUGCUUGGAAGCUGAUCUCCUUUCAGAGACGAGGCCUCAGGUUUGAUCCACUGGGAGUCAUGACU